AUGAAAUUUGACGACAUACUUUCAGAAAUUAAUGGAUUUGGAAAAUUCCAAAUCCAGUUAGUUUUGAUUCAGAUGCUCUCUCGAAUGACCUUGCCAUGUCAUUUCCUACUGAAUAACUUCAUGGCAGCAGUUCCCUCUCAUCACUGCAACAUCAGUGCUCUGGACGACGGAGGUGUCUUUGGGAAUUUAACUCUGGAGCAGAAACUAGCUGUUGGUAUUCCAGCAGAGCAGGAUGGGACUCCAAGCUCCUGCCUGAUGUUUUCUGAGCCACAAUAUCAAUAUCUGUCAGCCUCAAACAGUAGUGAUGAUCCAUUCAUUGUUCAGUGUCAGAAUGGAUGGGUGUAUGACAACAGCACCUUUAAAUCUACUUUGGCGACAGAGUGGGAUCUCGUGUGCAGCAGGAAAGCGAUGAACAAAGCAACAGUCACUGUCUUCUUUAUUGGUAUUAUGCUUGGGGCCCCUUUAUUUGGGUUUCUAAGUGACAGGUAUGGUAGACGGCCGCUGCUGUUGGUGUCUUAUCUGUCAUCCCUGAUAUUUGCAGUCUUCAGUGCAUUCUCCACAUCCUAUGUUAUGUUUACUAUCAUGAGAUUUUUUACUGGGAUGACACUUGCAGGAAUAAGUAUCAUCUCUAUUGUUUUAAAUGUUGAAUGGUUUAGCAUUGAACACAGGACCUUCUCUGGUGUAAUCAUAAGCCUGGAUUGGACACUUGGGAACUGGCUUCUCGUUGGAUUUGCGUACUGGGUAAAAGACUGGAGGAUGCUCAUUGUGGUAGUGACCUCACCACUGAUACUGUCUGUCUUCGCUUGGAGGUGGCUUCCAGAGUCUGCUCGGUGGCUUUUGGCAAACGGGAAGGCCGACGCUGCUCAUCAUUACAUCAUGAAAUGUGCUGAGAUGAACAACAGAUCAAAGCAUAUGGCGACUAUCACACCAGCGACGAUAUUUGAAUUUACUGAAACUAAAACUGAAGGCAGGAAGUACACUAUUUUAGAUCUUUUCAGGACCCCAAAUAUGAGGACACUUGCCAUAAACUCUGGGAUAGUUUGGUUUGGAGUUGCAUUUACAUAUUAUGGGAUAAGUCUGAAUAUCACAGGGUUUGGACUAAACCCAUACCUCACACAAUUUAUAUUUGCAUCCAUUGAAAUGCCAAUGAAGAUUGGUGUUUAUUUCUUCCUGGUGAAAGUUGGCAGAAAGCCCGGCCAGGCAGGGACCUUGGUGUUGACGGGGGUCUGUCUCUUCAUCAACAUGUUUAUUGCUAAAGGUAACGUCAUUCGUACUGUUGUGGCGGUCCUUGGAAAAGCCUUGUCAGAAGCAUCAUUCACCAUUAUAUACCUCUUCACAACUGAACUCUAUCCUACAGUCAUACGGCAGAAUGGGUUAGGCUACACAUCAUUUCUGGCACGGCUGGGAGUGUCCAUAUCGCCGCUCAUCAUGUUAUUGGAGGACGUGUGGCAUCUCCUCCCUGCACUGAUUUACUGUGCAGUGGCAGUUGGAUCUGGUUUAGUGGGUUUACUCCUGCCUGAAACGUCAAAUGCCCAAUUGCCAGAGCUCAUUGAGGAUAUUGAGAAACCAAGGUGA